UUUCUAACAUAUCCACUGGCCUCACUAACACAACUAUAAAAUGGUAGUACAGAAAUAUGUAAAAAUUAAUCAGAUGGAAUCCAGUAAAUAUACAAUAGUUUUUUCUCACCGUGCCAGUGUUUACAAAGGUAUUUUAGCAAACAUGAAUUUGCUAUGAAGCUAUUUUAAGAUGCAUUUGUUUUAUUCAUUUUCCACAGUAAAGCUAGAAAACCGUCUAUCUCAUUAGCAGCAGCAGCAGCUGAUUCAUUUGUCCUUUUGACUCCUCUUUUUAGGCUCGUAUUUCAUAGCCUAAAGUCAUUAAUAAAAGAGAAAACUUCCUUCCUGUAAGGAGGAGAUACAUUCUUGUACCACGUUAUAAACUUGACAGGGGCACCCUGUACCUACACUAUAGUCAUAGUCUACCCCACAUGAUAACUAAUUCUAGGGGGGAUAACUAGUUAAAUUGUAUAUAGUAAAUUCCUGUUUAAUUUGGAUUUUAGUUUACUGGUUUGGAGGUACGUUCUACAUUACAUUUUUUAAUUGGAGAUAGAAAGGGCAGAUAGUCAAAUAUUGAGAAAUUUUUCUAAGCCUCUUGAAACACUUAUAUGUGUAAGACUACAAUGAUAAUGAUACCCAGCACUGUGAAGGUCUGCGGAACUUUCAGGAUUAUAAAAAAAAAUAUGAGAUUAAAAGAAAUUGGUAGUCCACAAAUGAUGCAUAUGAUACUGUCAGGUUAGCUAGAAUAAUCUAAUUUAUUAAAUGACAUUUUCUUCCCCAGUUAUUAUGGAAAAGCAUUUACUAUACUUAUUUUGAAAAUAGCAUUAUCUCAAGAGCUCCUUGGUUUAGCAAUAGGACUUUGAAGAGGGGAAGUGUAUGUGUGUUAAUGUAAUUACGAAAAAAAAUUUAUCUUUGGUACUAACAAGUUUCAGUGUGACUUUUGCUUAAGUAUAAAAAAAAGUUUAUCAGCUCAGGAUAUAGAUUAGAACAGUUUGAUGUACAUGUUGCAAUAACUGUUUCAAAUAUUUUAAGGACCAACUGUAGAACUGCGCCAAAGAAAAAAACCAAAGUCUUCAGAAAAUAAGGAAUUUGCCAAAGAAGAGAAAAUCAAAGACACUCCAAUUCCUGAAAGAGCUCCAAAACAUGUAUUGUUUCAGCGCUUCGCAAAGGUUUUCAUUGGCUGUCUUGCAGCAGUUACUAGUGGUAUGAUGUAUGCUCUCUACUUAUCAGCAUACCAUGAAAGGAAAUUCUGGUUUUCCAACAGGCAGCAACACGUUAAAAAAAAAAAUCAGCAUAGCAGCACUUUCGAAAAUACCUCAUAGGGGGAGGGAGCAGUUGGCAAGCAAACAUAAAAGGAGCUUGAACGAGAAAUCACCUUUCAGGGUGACAGUGCCAUUUAUUACUCCUAUUAUAAAGAUAUGUUAAAGGCGCCUUCAUUUGAAAGAGGUGUUUAUGAACUGACACACAAUAACAGAACUGUAUCUCUGAAGACAAUAAAUGCAGUGCAGCAAAUGUCUCUAUAUCCAGAACUUAUCGCCAGUGUUUUAUAUCAAGCAACUGGUGGCAUCGAGAUUAUUGAACCAGUGUAUUUCUACAUAGGCAUUGUUUUUGGAUUGCAAGGAAUAUAUGUGACUGCUUUAUUUGUUACAAGUUGGCUUAUGAGUGGAACAUGGCUAGCAGGAAUGCUUACUGUUGCAUGGUUCGUUAUUAAUAGGGUAGAUACAACAAGAAUUGAAUACUCCAUUCCUUUAAGAGAAAACUGGGCAUUACCAUAUUUUGCAUGUCAAGUUGCUGCACUUACAGGCUAUUUAAAAAGCAAUUUAAAUACUUACACAGAGAGGUUUUGCUACUUAUUGAUGAGUGCUUCAACUUACACUUUUAUGAUGAUGUGGGAAUACAGCCACUAUCUCCUGUUUCUCCAAGCUAUAUCUCUAUUCCUGCUAGAUAGCUUUUCACUGGAGCAAAGUGACAAGGUUCAUGAAGUUUAUAAAAUCUAUGUAUUUUCUCUGUUUCUGGGGUAUUUGCUUCAGUUUGAGAAUCCAGCUUUAUUGGUGUCUCCUUUAUUGAGUUUAGUAGCAGCCUUAAUGCUUGCUAAGUACCUUCAGCUGAAUGUGAAGAAAGGAACUUUUGUAGCUAAGAUGAUUAAAGUGAUUAAUUUUUACUUGGUGUGUACUCUGACAGUGACAUUCAAUAUUGUAAUGAAGAUGUUUGUCCCACACAAAGAAAAUGGGCACAUGCUGAAAUUCCUUGAAGUAAAAUUUGGACUAAAUAUGACUAAGAAUUUUACAAUGAAUUGGCUCCUUUGUCAAGAAUCCCUGCAGGCACCAUCUCAAGAUUUUUUUUUGCGGUUGACACAGUCUUCUUUAUUACCUUUCUAUAUUUUAGUGUUAAUUGUUUGUUUUCUCUCUAUGAUGCAAGUUAAUUUUAGAAGAAUUAAUGGCAAGUCAGUGAAAGAAACUGUUACUCUCGAAGAUGGACAAAUUGGAGGAAGGCCAGAAAUAAUUUAUCAUGUAAUUCACACUAUUUUAUUGGGUUCUCUUGCAAUGGUUAUAGAAGGCUUAAAAUACCUAUGGACUCCUUAUGUGUGCAUGUUAGCAGCAUUUGGUGUAUGUUCUCCUGAACUUUGGAUGACCCUUUUCAAAUGGCUUCGAUUGAGAACUGUACAUCCAAUACUGUUGGCUCUUAUUCUGAGCAUGGCUGUGCCUACUAUAAUAGGUUUUAGCUUAUGGAAGGAGUUUUUUCCAAAAUUAAUGACAGAAUUAUCGGAACUACAGGAAUUCUAUGACCCAGAUACAGUGGAACUUAUGACCUGGAUAAAAAGGCAAGCUCCAGUUGCAGCUGUGUUUGCGGGGAGUCCACAGUUAAUGGGUGCGAUUAAAUUAUGCACCGGAUGGAUGGUGACAAGCUUGCCUCUUUACAAUGAUGAUGAUCUUCUCAAAAGAAACGAAAAUAUCUAUCAAAUCUAUUCAAAGCGAUCUGCUGAGGAUAUUUAUAAAAUACUGACAUCCUACAAAGCUAAUUACCUAAUAGUAGAGGAUGCUAUCUGCAAUGAGGUGGGAACCAUGAGAGGUUGUAGAGUUAAAGAUUUAUUAGACAUUGCAAAUGGGCAUGUGGUUUGCGAAGAAGGUGACAAGUUGACUUACUCAAAAUACGGGCGAUUUUGUCAUGAGGUCAAAAUUAACUAUUCUCCAUAUGUGAAUUAUUUCACUAGAGUAUACUGGAACAGAUCCUACUUUGUAUAUAAAAUCAACACUGUGAUAUCCUUCCAGUCUUGAAAAUUAGCAAAGCCUUUAUUCCGAAGACUUUUACUACAUGAAGUAAAAUGUGAUUUUCUUCUACCUAUGUGGUAUCUUUUGCAGAUCAGAGUAUAGACAUUUGAAAGACUGCUGCAUCUUUUCCCCUCUUGCUGUUAGCUGGAUCAAGAGUUCUGUGGGAAAGAGAAGAUCCAAGUAUUACUGUUCUUUGGUAAAAUGUCCUGCAAUAUUCCAGCCAGCUGUCUUCCUGACUGUUAAAUGAUCUUUAAAGGUUUUACUUUCUAAAAUAUUGUAAGAUUUCCCCAUAAAUUUUCAUUCUAUCAUAACAUAGAUCUCAAAUUUGAAUAUGUUUAAGGUCAGAUUAUAGAUCACAAACAUAACAUUUAAUAAGUGCCUAAUGUGAUAUAAUUAUAUGAUAGAAGGAAAGUUUCUAAAGUUGUGUCAUGGUUUAUAAUAGAACUGAAAUAUUACCACAAAAAAACUAAUUUAAAUGUUAGCUGAAAAUAUGUAGCAUUUAAAUUAAAGUGGAAGUUAUAUAAAGGAAAGUGAUUUUUUUAAGGAUAUACAUAAAGAUAUAUCCAGUAUUCAGAACACUCAGAAUUUUUCAUGGUACUGCUCUCAUCAUCUGCUGCUUAUAUAAGUGAGCACUUUCUCAGUAAUACAUAAUGCAUGAUACUGUAUUUUUUUAUUUUGUGACUAUUAAAUGGUUAACUUUUUUCACUUACGUCCAUAAAUUUGAUACCAGUUUAAUCAUGAUAAAAUAGUAACUCUUGUUACCUACAUAUCUUUAAAAAUAGAGAUUUAAAAGAAUAUUGUUCAGGUUUUUAAAAAACAUGGAUAUGGAGUAUAUGAUCUAUUUACAUGUUUUGUACUGAACUAUUAAGUAAAAAAAAUUAAAUAUCAAAAUAAGAAUAUGUACACUAAAAUGAUCAACAAUAUCUAGAGAUAUGUGCAGGUACUGUUAAGCAUAUCUCUGUAUACAGAUAUUAUAAAACACACGUGCUGUUACUUAUGAAACUGGGAUGCAGUCUUCAAUGUUAAGAACAAAAUGACAAUUAUAAUAAAAUUCACAACACAAUUUCACAGUCUAAAUAC